AUGGCAACCACCACCACACAAACACCCACUCCCGACCUCUCCAAGCCGCCCACCACUCCUGUCAAGACCCUGACCACAGUUACCCCUCCGGGCACUCCUAAUGCCACCAGCACAGCAGCCCACCAGCUGGUAUCUGAAAUCCGAGACAUCCACGACGCCCUCUGUGAGCUGACGUCGCUGGCUCCCGCACCCAGAAUCAAUGCCCUGCUUACCCGCCUCGUCGACCUGUGCGUGGUGCCCUACAGCGUGGACUUUACGACGCGCUUCUUCCAGAUCAGCGGCGUCGAGGUGCUGUGCGAGAAACUGCGACCGAUUUGUUCGGCUGCUGAGGGCGAGCUGGAGAAGCACUGGGCGCAGCGUAUGAUUGACGAACUGGACACAAACCCCCACACCCCCGCAACAACAAUCCUCCAAACCUUCCCUUACUACACCAACUACAUCGAUCUUUCGCGUCUCGAAGCCUCAAUCAUAAACUCCUUCAUCGAUACCCCACCGACUUCCAUCGCUUUCCUCGGCUCAGGCCCGCUACCACUGACAUCUCUCUGCUUCCUGUCGCGCUACCCAUACGCCACGCUGCACAAUGUAGAUCGCGAUGCGACGGCGCUGGCCCUCAGCAGUGCGUUAUGCACGAAACUGGGGGUUGCGGCUCGCAUGAAGUUUGAGCGGGAGGAUGUAUCGCUGGAAGUAGAGGGGCAAGAUGGUGGUAAUGUGGUAGGGGUGGGAGCGAAGUGGACGCAAGCCCAAGUGGUUUUUUUGGCGGCGCUUGUAGGAAUGGAUACGCAGACUAAGCUGGGGAUUCUGAGGGAUGUAGUGGGCAAGUUGAGAAAGGGGACGCUGGUGGUGGUUAGGAGUGCGUGGGGGGUUAGAGGGGUUUUGUAUCCGAUCCUCACUCUCUCCGAAGACCUGCAAGCUCUCGGCCUCGAAGUCCUGGCUGAAGUGCAUCCGUGGACAAAAGUCGUUAAUUCGGUUGUUGUGCUGAGGGUGAAGUAG